CCCCCACUCUCCAUUAUUCCUCCCCUCCCCUCCCCUCCCCUCUCCUCUUCUCCCCCACCGCCCCACGCUCGUCCUCCGCCGGCACCGCUGCCGGCGCCGCGUGGAUACCCCGCCGGUGAGAUCCGUCCGCCUUCGCUACGUGUAAGAAUCAGAGCUGGAGCUUGGCGACUGGCGAGGUGUGGCUGCAUUCGGCCUCCCACUCCUCCACGCGCGCGCCCCAGCCUCCCUCCAAGGCUGGCUCUGAAGGCCAAACCUAUGCUCCCAGCGCAACGCCGCCGGCCCUUCUUACCGCCGCAAUCACUCCCUCCGUCAACCGAAUCCUCCGUCCACUGCCGCCGCCGCAUCGCCGCUCCUCCCUCGGUCUAGCGGAGUGGUGUGGGGGUGGAGAUCCAUCUGAGCGUGGAUUGAUUUCUUCUUUUGUUGAUGUUGGAGCUCAGGUAGUAGUCUACAAUGGAUGCAAUGGAGGCCGAAGAGGGUCCUUUUCUGGCUAAUGAUGCCAAGUUGCACACAGGAAUGUGUAGAGCAUUUCAUCCUGCUGUAUCUAAACUUUCCGCCAUUUUCCCUUUCAUCGAAGCAUCAAGACCCAGAAGCAAGUCUGGUAUACAGGCAUUGUGUUCACUGCAUGUAGCGCUAGAUAAAGCCAAAGGUCUUCUCCAACAUUGUGCAGACUGCAGCAGGCUCUACUUGGCCAUCACUGCAGAAACUGUGCUUUUGAAGUUUGAGAAAGCUAGAAGCCAACUUCAGGAAAGUCUAAGGCGUGUUGAAAGCAUAGUAACGGAAGAUAUCGGUUGUAAGAUUGUAGAGAUUAUUGGCGAGUUGGAGGAGAUUGCAUUUACAUUGGAUCAAUCAGAGAAGGAAGCUGGUGAUGAGGUGAUCAAUUUGCUCCAGAGAAACAAUAAAAUAAAUGGUUCCAGUGAUAGUGGGGAGCUUGAGGUCUUCCAUAUGGCUGCUCUGAAAUUGGGAAUUACAUCUUCUAGGGCAGCACUCACUGAGAGAAGAGCGCUCAAGAAGCUAAUUGAGAAGGCUCGUUCUGAUGAAGACAAGCGGAAGGAGUUUGUUGUGUCAUACUUGUACAAUCUCAUGAGGAAAUACUCGAAAUUCUUCAGAAGUGAGGCCGGUGAUGAUACUGACUCUCAGGGAUCGUCGCCAUGCUCACCUACAGUAUUAGGCAUGGAUGACAUGUAUGGGUCCUGCGGCAAUGGCCGAGCAUUCAGUAGACAGCUUUCAAACAUUCAAUUGUUCAAUUCGAGGUUUGGAUCUUUCAAUUCUAGGCUUGGAUCAUUCAAUUGCAGACUUGGUGGUCCAAAGUCCGAAAAUAUGUCGAUCCCUCCUGAAGAACUUAGGUGCCCUAUUUCCUUACAGCUCAUGUAUGAUCCAGUCAUCAUUUCAUCUGGGCAGACCUAUGAGCGUGUUUGCAUUGAGAAAUGGUUCAAUGAUGGUCACAGCACAUGUCCUAAAACUCAGCAGCAACUUGCCCACCUGUGUUUGACUCCAAACUACUGUGUCAAGGCCCUGAUCGCCAGCUGGUGUGAGCAGAAUAAUUUUCCAGUUCCUGAUGGUCCACCAGGAUCUUUUGGUGUAAAUUGGAGACUUGCUUUCUCUGACUCUGAGGCAACAGGUUGUGUGUCCACUGAAAGUUUUGAUUCUACCAGUGUGAAGGGUGUCAAGGUUGUCCCGAUGGAGAAUGUGAGAAAAGAGGAACCGGCAAACAGUGAAUCAGGAACUAUGGAUGACAACUCUUGUUACGAUUUGGAUAUAAAUGAGGGAUAUGGGAACUUGUUGCUCUUGCUUCAUGGAAGAAGCAGCAUGCACAAGAAGUGUAGGUUGGUGGAGCAGAUAAGGUAUCUUUUGAAAGAUGAUGAGGAAGCAAGGAUCCAGAUGGGCUCAAAUGGGUUUGCCGAGGCACUGGUUGAGUUUUUGAGGAACGCUGUGAAUGAUGGAAAUGAGAAGGCACAGGUAAUUGGUGCCAUGGCUCUUUUCAACCUUGCAGUCAAUAAUAACAGAAACAAGGGACUCCUCUUAUCUGCUGGAGUGGUCGAGCUGCUUGAGCAGAUGGUAUCGAACCCUCGUCUAUCUGGUCCAGUCACGGCACUCUACCUUAAUAUUUCCUGCCUCCCUGAUGCAAAGAACGUCAUUGGUUCAAGCCAGGCUGUGUCGUUCCUAGUCGACCAUUUAUACAGCCACGAGGCUGGCGACACUAAAGGAGGCUCCUGCAAGAGUGAUGCCCUGUACACACUGUACAACCUAUCGACCCACCAAGCCAGCGUCCCAGCCCUUCUUUCUGCAGGCAUUGUGGAUGCUCUUCACUGUCUCCUUACCGAGUCUCCGGCAUGCGAGGGCCUUGGUUGGACAGAGAAGGCCCUUGCAGUUCUCAUCAGCCUUGCUGCGACCCAGGCUGGCAGGAAGGAGAUCAUGUCCACCCCUGGUUUGGUCAGUACGUUAGCAACGCUAUUGGACACCGGCGAGGCAAUGGAGCAGGAGCAGGCCGUGUCCUGCCUCCUCGUGAUGUGCACGGCAGACGACAAGUGCAUCGCGCCGGUGCUUCAGGAGGGUGUGGUCCCUUCCCUGGUCUCCAUCUCAGCGGCCGGCACGGGGAGGGGAAGGGAAAAGGCCCAGAAGCUCCUCAAGCUGUUCCGGGAGCAAAGGCAACGGGAGGCGCCGCCCCAGCAGCCACAGCAACAGCUGGCGGAGACCGGGAAUGGUGGUGCCAUCGUCUGCCACCGAGAGUCGAAGCCGCUGUGCAAGUCGAAGUCGAGGAAGCUGGGGAGGGCGCUGAGCUCGCUGUGGAAGAACAGGGGCUUCUCACUGUACCAAUGCUAGUAGAGUAGAUGACAGUAGAGUUUGAGUUGAUCAGUGGAUAUGUACAUCAUCUUCUUCCUUGUUUUCAGCCUGAUCUUUCUUUCUCUCUUCACCUUUUUUUUUUCUUUUGGUGUUUUCUUCGGGUAAAGUAAAAACUUUGUUCGUCCCCCCCUCCUCGGUGGGGUGAUGUAGGUCAUUUUCCCCUUUGCCUUGUCAGGAUAUGUGUACAGUUCUUUCUUCACUGUCUCUGAAUUCUGAUUCUCUGCCCUUUUAUCA